AUGUCCGGCGAAGGGCCCGAGUCGGUUCCCACAUCUGCGGACCCGCGCUCCAAGCGGCCCGUCAAGAAGCGCGCGCUGACGCCCGUGUCGGAGCAGGCGGCGAGCCUCGAUGCGCUCUUCGCCAAGCCCGACCAGGAGAUCCGCAUCCCGGCCGCCGGCAGCAACGGCAGGCCGCGCGGCGUGGCGCCGCCCCCGGAGAUCGUGACCAACGUGCAGGGCUCCAGCGCGGGCGCGGGCAGCGGCGAGUUCCACGUGUACAAGGCGAGCCGGCGGCGCGAGUACGAGCGCCUGCGCGCCAUGGACGAGGAGGUCGCGCGGGAGCAGGCUACCGAGGACUUUGAGCGCGCCCGCGCCGAGAAGCUGGCCAGGGACGAGGAGAAGACGAGGCGGAACAGGGAGAAGCGCGAGAAGAUGAAGGCGCGCAAGGACAAGGCCAAGCAGCAGAAGGGAAAGGGUGGUGCGGAUGGCAACACCAAGACACCAGGAGGGGGCAUCAAGGCAAGGGUGGACGGCAAUGGCACCAAGCCAGAUGCAGAAGACGGAGGCUCUACGAAUAUGGAUGUUGAUACUAAGAGUGGUCAGGACUCUCAGAGGGGCGCUUCGGAUACGCCUGGCUUGGUGAUACAUGACGACGACUGA